CCACCUCUGCACUACCGCUGAAGCCCGGGGAUGCGCAGAAUGUUAAUACAUCUCGACUCAGAGAUCACUCUGUCACAGUAUUCCUCCAGACUGGCAGCAUUUUUUGAGUGUCUUGGUUGCUGAAAGACUAAACCAAAGCACCUGUGAGUGAGAAGGCGACGUCGGAGUUGAAGCUCUGUCACUGCUGAGCUAAUUGUUUGGGUGCCUCGGGAUUACAUCGAGGAUCAUCUCCACCAAACCAAGAGGAGAGAGGCAUAUGCGGGACCUUUUACGAGUGUAGUGUGCACGGACUGGGAUUCUGUGGACCAGCGUUUACGCGCAACCUCUCGAUGGGAUUCUGAAUGAGAGCCAAAGCUGCUACGAAAAUGUAUAUAUAUUUUUAAAGGACUUAGAAUACCACCACUUAUGUCCGGCUCAUUUCUCUGAUCAUACAAUUUCAUGAAGAGGAACUCAAUUAAGAUUCUCGUAAUCAAGGGAGAACAUUCCAUUCACAAGCAAUUGGAUGAGAGUCGUAUUUGCCCUUGGCAACUGAAGAUGAUGUUACUAUGGAAACGACUUCUGCUGCUAUCAAUCAUUGGUUGCCUUGCCGCUCAUGCACAAGAUGUCCUGUUCCAAGGGCCAAGAUGGAGAACAGAGCCCAGUGACCUCAUUCUCCCCAACAACUCCCCUGACCAGGAAGCCACCAUUACAUGUGAGGCAGAGGGGAAACCCUCCCCACAAUACAGAUGGUCACUUAACGGAACACUCAUUGAUCUGGGGAGUGACUACCGGCGUCACAUGUCUGGAGGCAACCUGAUCAUUAACAGUCUGGACAGGGACCAAGACACAGGGAUAUACCAGUGCACUGCCUUCAACACAUGGGGGAUCAUCCUCAGCUGCCGAGCCACUCUACAAUUUGCAUACCUAGAUAACUUCAAGACCCAAACUGCACGGAGUGCUGUGAAUGUCCGAGAGAGCCAAGGAGUGGUUUUGCUAUGUGGACCACCCAUGCAUUCUGGAGAGCUGACGUUUGCAUGGAUCUUCAAUGAGUACCCCUACUUUGUCCAGCAAGAUAGUCGUCGAUUCAUCUCCCAGGAGACAGGAAGUCUGUACAUCGCUAAAGUGGAGCCUUCUGAUGUGGGCAACUACACCUGUGUGGUCAACAAUAGCAUCACUAAGGGCAAAGUCCUCAGCUUUCCUACACCACUGGUCCUGAGGAAUGACGGAGCAAUGGGUGAAUACGAACCGAAAAUAGAAGUUAAUUUCCCUGACACUGUUCCAGCUGCGAAGGGAUCCACGGUAAAACUAGAAUGCUUCGCACUGGGAAACCCAGUCCCAGAAAUAAGUUGGAGGAGAACCAGCGGUGUCCCAUUUCCCAGUAAGGUGAAGAUGAAGAACUCCAACGCUGUUCUUGAAAUUCCACAUUUCCAGCAGGAAGACACAGGGAUGUAUGAGUGCGUGGCAGAAAAUAGCCGGGGGAAAAAUGCUGCACGAGGUCGUAUCGCCUUCCAGGCAAAACCCCAUUGGCUGCAAACAAUGAUCGACGGGGCCCUGUCCAUUGAGGAGAACCUGUUCUGGGAGUGUAAGGCAAACGGAAAACCCAAGCCCUCCUACAGUUGGCUGAGGAAUGGAGACAACCUAAUGGCAGAGGGCCGGGUGCAAAUCGAAAACGGGGCUCUCUCCAUAGCAGCAUUAAACCUGUCAGACGCCGGAAUGUAUCAGUGUGUGGCUGAAAACAAACAUGGCAUUAUUUAUUCCAGCGCUGAGCUAAUGGUGUUAGCAUCACCUCCCAGUUUCUCCAAGAAUCCACUGAAGCCCCUGCUGAAAGCUCGCUCAGGCAGUGAAGUGGUUCUGGAGUGCAAGCCCCAAGCCUCGCCCCGGGCAAUUAGCCUGUGGAAGAAAAGCAAUGAGAUCGUGCAGAAAAACGAGAGGAUUACUCUGCUUGCCAACGGGACACUGAAGAUUGUCAACGCAACCAGAAGGGAUGCAGGGAGCUACACAUGCAUCGCUAAAAAUCAGUUUGGGACUGCAAGCGCCACCGGAAGACUCCUUAUCACAGAGCCCACCAGAAUCACCCAGAGGCCUGCUAACAUGGAGAUCAUUGUUGGCGAGAGUAUCGUGCUGCCCUGCCAGAUAGCCAGCGAUCCAGCCUUGGAUGUGUCUUUCUCCUGGGAAUUCAACGGGCAGCUCAUAGACUUCCACGGGGAUGCCGACCAUUUCGACAGAGUAGGAGGGAGCAUUUCAGGAGAUCUGAUGAUUCGUAACAUCCAGCUGAAUCACGGGGGGAAAUAUGUCUGUGUUAUCGACACCGACGUAGAGAGCUUGUCCGCUUCGGCCAUCUUGGUUGUGAAAGGUCCCCCCGGGCCCCCGGACACAGUAGCAGUGGAGGAGAUCACAGAUAGCACGGCCCAGCUCUCUUGGAGCCCCGGCAGGGACAACGGCAGUCCUAUCACUGGCUACAUCAUCCAGGCCCGGACCCCCUUCACUGUGGGCUGGCAGGCUGUGGACACAGUUCCUGAGGUGAUCAAUGGCAACACACUGACAGCCACUGUGGUGGGCCUGAACGCCUGGGUGGAGUAUGAGUUCAGGGUGGUGGCCCGCAACAGUGUGGGCAUGGGAGAGCCCAGUCCAGCCUCAGCCAAGACCAGGACAGAGGAUACCAUGCCUGAUACAGCUCCCACUGAUGUUGGAGGCGGAGGAGGCACAAAAUCGGAAUUAGUGAUAACUUGGGAGCCCGUGCCUGAGGAACUGCAGAAUGGAGAGGGCUUUGGUUACAUCAUCGCCUUCCGGCCGCUCGGUGCCAUCACCUGGACACGAGUGGUCAUCUCCACGCCCGGGGUGGCCCGAUACAUCUUCCGCAACGACACCAUCCCGCCUUUCUCGCCGUUCGAUGUGAAGGUUGGGGCGUACAACAACCGUGGGGAAGGCCCCUUCAGUUCCAUAGCCACAGUGUUCUCAGCAGAGGAAGUCCCCAGUGAGGCUCCUAAGAGGGUUUGGGGCAGGAGUGUAUCUGCAGCUACAGUUGAAGUGAUUUGGGAAGCCCUCCCCUUCACCCCUGAAAGAGUGCUGGGUUAUGAGGUGGUGUACUGGGAAGAUGACACCAAGCCUGACACAGUAGGCAAAGUCAGAACCUCUGGAAACUACUCGGCGGUUAAUGUGACUGGACUGAGCGCUAACACACAGUAUUAUCUAGCUGUGUGCGCCUUUAACACUGCAGGGACAGGGCCACAGUCUACACACAUCAACGCCACCACCAAGAAGCCAGCACCAGGCCAGCCUCCUUUGAAUGUAGAGUGGACCAUGAUUGGCUCUCUUCUCACUCUACACUGGGGUCCUGUGAUAGCCAUGGAGACAGAGGCAGAGGUCAUCGGAUAUCUUGUGCUGUUGAGAAGACACCGGUACAAUGAGGUAAACAGCAUCAUAACAAACAAAACCAGGAUGGAGCUGACGCUGUCUCCCAACGACAACUACCUGAUCCAGAUCAAGGCCCUGAGUGAGGGUGGUGAAGGUGUGGGCAGCGAACCCAUCCACAUCCACAAAUUAAGCAUGGGCGCACGAGGUUCGGGAGCAUCUAGUCUCAAUCCGCUAUCGAUGUCUCAUCUCUCCGCAUUCCUCAUCAGCGCUCUCCUCCUCCUCAAGUCCUCCUGGUGAUGUCUGGACACAGUCACAGCCCUCCUAGUGGCCCUCCUCACUCCCUCUCCUCUAGCAGCCUGCUCCUGCAUUCAGAUAGGCAUGGAUGCAACCCUCUGUGGCAGGGCUGAACAGAACAGGAAUUUUGAAGGGGCCAUGCAUUGAGGAUAUAAAUUAUGUUCUGUAGAAAACAUGAAUUUGUGUGCAUGAUAUUUAACAGUUUCCUCUCAUAUCAUAAGUGCUGUCAUGCUGUAAAACUAUUUUGGAAAUCUUUUUUUUCCAAUGGAAUAUACUUCUAUUUGGGAGUACUGAUGUCUACAUUAUAUAUGUACAGUUGAAGUCGGAAGUUUAGCCAAAUAUAUUUUUUCACAAUUCCUGACAUUUAAUCAGAGUAAAAAUUCCCUGUCUUAAGUCAGUUAGGAUCACCACUUUAUUUUAAGAAUGUGAAAUGUCAGAAUAAUAGUAGAGAGAAUUCUUUAUUUCAGCUUUUAUUUAUUUCAUCACAUUCCCAGUAGGUCAGAAGUUUACAUACACUCAAUUAGUAUUUGUUAGCAUUGCCUUUAAAAUGUUUAACUUGGGUCAAAUGUUUUGGGUAGCCUUCCACAAGCUUCUCACAUUAAAUUGGGUGAGUUUUGGCCCAUUCCUCCUGACAGAGCUGGUGUAACUGAGUCAGGUUUGUAGGCCUCCUUGCUCGAACACACAUUUUCAGUUCUGCCCACACAUUUUCUAUAGGAUUGAGGUCAGGGCUUUGUGAUGGCCACUACAGUACCUUGACUUUGUUGUCCUUAAGCAAUUUUGCCACAACUUUGGAAGUAUGCUUGGGAUCAUUGUCCAUUUGGAAGACCCAUUUGCAACCAAGCUUCAACUUCCUGACUGAUGUCUUAAGAUGUUGCUUCAAUAUAUCCACAUAAUUUUCCUUCCUCAUGAUAUCAUCGGUUUUGUGAAGUGCACCAGUCCCUCCUGCAGCAAAGCACCUCCACAACAUGACGCUGCCGUGCUCAACGGUUGGGAUGGUGUUAUUCGGCUUGCAUGCCUCCCCCUUUUCUCUCCAAACAUAACAAUGGUCAUUAUGGCCAAACAGUUCUAUUUUUGUUUUAUCAGACCAGAGGACAUUUCUCCAAAAAGUACGAUCUUUGUCCCCAUGUGCAGUUGCAAACCGUAGUCUGGCUUUUUUUAUGGCGGUUUUGGAGCAGUGGCUUCUUCCUUGCUGAGCGGCCUUUCAGGUUAUGUCGAUAUAGGACUUAUUUUACUGUGGAUAUAAAUACUUUUGAACCUGUUUCCUCCAGCAUCUUCACAAGGUCCUUUGCUGUUGUUCUGGGAUUGAUUCGCACUUUUCGCACCAAUGUACGUUCAUCUCUAGGAGACAGAACGCGUCACCUUCCUGAGCGGUAUGACGGCUGCGUGGUCCCAUGGAGUUUAUACUUGCGUACUAUUGUUUGUACAGAUGAAUGUGGUACCUUCAAGCAUUUGGACAUUGCUUCCAAGGAUGAACCAGACUUGUGGAGGUCUACAAAAAAAAUAUUGGGUGAUUUUUAUUUAUUUAUUUUUUCCCCAUGAUUUCAUGCAAAGAGGCACUGGGUUUGAAGGUAGGCCUUGAAAUCCAUCCACAGGUACACCUCCAAUUGACUCAAAUUAUGUCAAUUUGCCUAUCAGAAGUUUCUAAAACCACGCUGUCUAAAGGCACAGUCAACUUAGUGUAUGUAAACUUCUGACCCACUGGAAUUGUGAUUAAGUGAAAUAAUCUGUCUGUAAACAAUUACUUGUCAUGCACAAAGUAUAUGUCCUAACCGACUUGCCAAAACUAGAAUUUGUGGUUGAAAAACGAGUUUUAAUGACUCCAAGUUGUGUAUGUAAACGUCCGACAUCGACUGUAUAUAUGUUUGACACUGAUCCUUGAAGAUUACUAAUGCCUUAAACCCAUUUACAUACCAAAGUAGUUGACAAAAAAAAUAUUUAGUUAUCUUGUGUUCUCAAAGUAAUGUGAGUUUCUAAUGAAGGUAUGUUCCAUAAUUGUGGUGUCAGCUGCUCAAUGGAGAGAUGUGUUGUGGUUUAUAUGGGUUGGACGUCCUUUGAUAUAACUAACUGUACAUGGCAUCUUGAGUUAUUAUUAUGAGGUUGAAGAAGUACAACUAAUUAUCUAACUGACAACAUGCCCAAACUAAUGUCAAAUUGGCCAAUAUAUAACAGAUAAAACCAGUUUUACAUGAUAACUGUUUGAAUCAUAAUAAUUUGAUCAAGUGAUUUUAUAGCUGUAGCUAAACCAUUACCUUGAAUGAUUUGUGUUUGAGCUGUGUUAACUGAAUACCAGUUUGGUCACCUGUCCCUCUAAGCCACUCAUCUCUGCAUAGUGAAAUAGUAUUAGGUGCCUUACAGAGCUGUUGGCUCCUGAGCUUUAGACCCCUAUUUAAAACAAUCUGAUGGGACUUGACAUUUUGUUCUGUAUCUCAUGCUCCUCUUAAUAAUUGAUGCAUAUCACACUCUGCAUUCAGCACACACUGAAAUGUUAAGGUUCCCGAGAAUAGAAUCAUGUAGAGUUAUUGUGUCAAACAAAUCCCACUUGUAAUUUUCUGCAUUUAAAUUAUCUCUAAAUGCUAAAUACGUCUAUCAUUUGACCUCCUGAUUAUUCAGAAUUCCGACCAUCAGUCGGCAAAAUAUAUAUAAAUCAUACAUGUUUAAGUAAAGGACAUAUAUGAGUGCCUUCACUGGAACGUCUUACAAGUUGACGGACAUAUCCACUCUUUCUGGAUCAGUUUUUGGAAAAUUAAUCAGUGGGGGGGGUCUAUACUUUUCCUAAUUCCUGAGAGAUCCCGGGCAUAAUAAAUGUAUGAUUGAAUCUGCAGCAUAAUUUAGCAGUUAUUAAAGCAUCUAAAUAAAUGAUGUCAUGUCAAUGGAGCCAUGACUGGAAAUUAAGGGAAAAGUUGGCUGCUGUCAUGUCCCUUUCUCAAACUUCACUCUGAGAAAAAAGGGUUCUUCGGCAGUCCCCAUAGGAGAACCCUUUUUGGUUCAAGGUAGAAAUAUUUUUGGUUCCAUGUAGAACCCUCUGUGGAAAGGGUUUUACACAGAACCCAAAAGGGUUCUUCAAAGGGUUAUCCCAUGGGGACAGCCAAAUAAGCAUUUUAGGUUCUAGAUGGCACAUUCUUUUUUAAGAGUGUAUAAAGUACAAGACUAGAGAACUGCUACAGUACUCUUUUAAAGAACUGUGACAAGCCUUAUGGUGAGGGAGAAACUGUUUCCUGUUCAUGUUAUUGUACGAUGGGUCCAUCAUCAUGGGUCCACAUGGGUCUACUGCUAUAAGGUAUUGUGCCUUCACUGAACUUUGUUACUGAUUAGGGCUGGCUGACCUAGGAUCAGGUGGUUGUGGGACUGUUCCCGUCAUCUGCAACGUCCAAUGAAAGCAGAAGGAAGUGAUCCAAGGUAACUGUGACUCUGUCCCUGCUUAGCCACCAGAAGAGGUGUGCAGGCCCCAGAGGCCCGUAAAGCUCAAACAGUGAACGCAAUCAGCCUGACCUAUCUGCUCCUACAGUGGUUUCAUAACGGCCUGUGCUCAUUGAUUAGACUGCUGCAGCCCAGUCAAUGGGAUAUUGAUUUCCUCUGUCCCAUUAUUGCACCUGUCACUAUUGGGCUGCUUGAUUGACUGAUGCUGGGGCUUCCUAUUGCACAUUUUUUUGUUGGUUACUAUUUGAGAUGUCCUCCCCUAGUCUUUCUCUGUCUGUGUGUUCACCCCAUCCAGAGGAGACAAGUCAAAAUCAUAAUAAUACAAUGUAAUAUACAUUACAUGUUUUUUUUACAAGAGCUACAGUGACAAACUGAUGUUUUAGGUAACAUCCCCCUACUAGUUCUGACUACCUUUAAUGGCUUUUAAGUGCUGCACAUUUAUAAAUUCCCUUACUGAAAUUCAUAUGAAAAUUAACAGCAUUUUGUUCAUCAUUAAAGGUUAUGAGUUGGUUAAGAGAGGAAAUUGUCAUGUUCCUUUUUUGUAAUGUAUUUUUGACUGUUGAGCUCUUUUUUGAAAAACUCUAAUCUUUUCUUUUUCUACAAAUGAUGAACAAUGGCUUUUUAGGUGUCAAACUGUCUGAGGACUUAGCCUGUGUAAUAAUACUACUGUAAAACAAAAGUACAGCGAGGUGUCCAAAAAGUGUAAGGAUACAACACAGUAACAGUGUCUAAUUGAAAUAGUAUAACUCUUAGACCUUUUUCCUAAUUCCUAUGCCCAAUUCCCUGCUCAUUAUUUCUGUAUGCUGGUUAGUAGAAUAGUAUAUACUUACCAGUUCACCUUCACAUCACGCAGCGCUAGAGUAUGUGGAUUUACAAAUAAGUCCUUUGUCAAAUUUGGCCAGACUAUCCUAUAAUUUACAUAGCUAUAUACAUGUAUGUUACACCCUGCUGACUGUAAAAUAUAGGAGAAAUAAUGUACCUUUUUUGGGAUUGUACUUUGUGAAUUAGUACAAAAUGCAAUCCAAGAAAAUUAUUGUAGCCAUCAGGUCAGUUGCGUUUGAGUUUACAUUUUUACAACAUGACAUGAUAAACACUGAUGUUGGUUACUUAGAGUGCGCUUUAGUUCUGACAAAUAUGCUUGGUCAAAUGUAAAUAGCUUGCAUAUAUAUUUUUAAAGAUGGCCUACAAAGACAAUUUACUGAUAUUUUAUACAACUUGUGGCCCUUGAUUUUAAUACUGAUGUAUUAAUCCAUGAUCUCCAUGAGAUAACUGACCUAUAGAACUGCGUUUCAUAUUGAAAAGUAACUGUUUUGUCUUGUAUACUAAAAUUGUGCAUGUGAAUCAUUGUUUUGUGCUUUUGUGUUGAAUUUUCUAAAACUAACUUAAUAAAACGUUAACUGCA